AUGUAUGGGCGGGAGCCGCCUACAUUAUUUUUCCCAGCUUUGGAACCUUACGUUGAUUACGUGUUUGAUCCACAAGGUUAUCAGCGCCAUUUGUCUAGUAUUCGGGCUUGUAUCGAGGACAAUGUCGACGAGUGGGUUACUGCUCAUGGUGCUGGGUUCCAAGCUCUGAAAGAGAGGGAGAAGAUUGCUGCUGCACGUCGACAUUUUGUGGGACAACGUGUAAGGCUGAGGAUACACCAUCCUAACAAUUUGCCAGGUCGGAAGUUAUUACCGAGAUGGCAGUUGAAUUGGUAUAUUGCUAAGUUCGUCCCGGGAACACACUUGAAGACGGUGGUCCUUCGACACUACCCCUCCAAGGAAGAGAAGGUUAUCUCUACUGACUAUAUAGUUCCCGAUCCGGUACAGCCUGCCGAUGUCCCGGUAGAGCUUGGCAUUGUUAGGUUGGAUCCUCCCGUAGAAGAGGGGCCGCGUAUAGAGCAGUUUCCAUUUCGUGAUGAGUUGGUUCGCUCGGCUGCUUCUAGACGGUCUGCUAGAUCUUCGGUUGUCCCGGACGUCGAAGCUCCUGCUAAUCUUCGGUUGGUCGACAUUCCCUAUGUGUAUGAUGGUGAUGAUCUUGACCCUUUAGCAGAAAGACGAGAUGAUCUGCUUCCGAGACUGGAGGCACCAUCGUCUGGUUCUGCACAGGUCGGUGUGCCGAGACUGGAAACCCCUAUUCCAGUUCCUGUACAAUUAGGGUCUGCCGUUCUCCGGUCUCCUGCCACGAGUGGGGCAGCUUCCCAGGCUACUGUUAGGUCUGGGCCGGCUGUGGUACCUGCUGGUUUGGAGUCCUCUGGUAAUUCUUCCUCGUUGGGACUGGAUUCUGCUUCGCAGGAAUGUGGUGCCUCUAGAAGGUCACUGCCUUUCUCGGCUUCCACUCCCACCCAUGUAGUGUCGGCCCCUGCAGCCGACUUCGAGCAGUAA